AUGGACAUCACACCCAUCUUCAAUACGGCCUUGAAGUCCCACGGCGGCUCGCGCCCUGUCGAGCAUCAUGCUUUCCGCCUGCAGGAUCUGGAUGAGUUCGUCAAAGAGGCAUAUCGCAUUCGCAAACACAUUGCCGAGCUACACGACUACCUGAGAUCAAUACGCCAGAGUUAUCUAUCGACCGCCCACCCCCCGCGGCGCAAGCAGACAUCGCGCUCCAACACUGCCAAUGGCGCAAUAGACAAGGAUGCCAAACACCUGACAGAUGCCCAAAGGAACGACGUUGAUGCUUCCGCAAAGCAACUCCUCCGCGACCUCAACCAUGCCAUCUCGGGCCUGCAGGAGACGGAGCAGUUGCGCCAGGCUGCCGAGAACACCGUGGCUAUGAAAAAACGUGCGAAGCGGGGGCUGGGAGCUCUGGGGCGCUGGGCUGCUGGCGGAGCCGUCACAGCGAAGAGCCCAGAGGAAGAAAUAGAAGAGGCCAAGUCCAACACCAUGAAGGCACAUCGCGAGAGCAUCAUCUGGUAUCUCCAGCGAGCCCUCGGGGAGUGCGGGCAGUUUCAAAGCUCCAUGAUGGAGAUUAGACUCACGCGCGAGCUGGAGAAGAGCAAGAGUGUGCUGUCCAAAGUCAGAGGGAAUCUGCCUGCUCCGGAAGACUACGGCGGGGAUAGAAAUGGCAGUGCUACGGGAGAUGUUGACUACCGCGUGCAGUCAUCUCUGGCAGUGGGUGAAAGCGAGGCGAAUGGGGGAAUCGAGAACACGUUAGACGCCGAGCAGCUGCAAUUGUUUGCACAGGAGAACCAAGAUCUGCUGAAGCAGUACGAGGAUCAUCUCGACCAGGUCCGUGCGGCCGAAAAAUCCCUGCUCGAGGUGUCUGAGCUGCAGACAACGCUGGCCAACAACCUGGAGCUGCAAUCGGAGCACAUCCAGCAACUCGUUGACGACUCGUACUUGACUACGGAGAAUGUGGGCAGCGGGAACAAGGAGCUGAGAAGAGCUACGGAAAGAAGGAGCACGGCGCAAAUGGUGUUUUGGUCGACAUGCGUCUUCUGCAGCACACUGGUCCUGUGGGAUCUGUUCGUGUGA